AUGCACAUCGAUGCAACUCCAAAAAGGUACAGCAAGGUCUACAACUCUCCCAAAGAGUAUGAAAUUGCCAAGAGGGCUUUCGAGCAGAAUAUGAAAACGAUUGACCAAUUGAGGAAGAGCAGUGAGAUAAAACAUGAGGUUGGUAUCAAUGAAUUCUCUGACAUGCCGGAGGAGCUAUUUGCUGAAAUGAUGACGUAUGAUAUGAGCUCACAUGUUGAUGUCAAUGCCACAGUCAGCGAGGGUAUCGAGACGGUGGGUGAUCUGCCAGCUUCUAUCGACUGGGCUGCCGCUGGUGCACUUGGCCCAGUUCGAGAACAAAAAAAGUCAUGUGACAGCUGCUAUGCCGUAGCAGCCUGCGCUGUGAUGGAAAGUCGGUUCAAGCUCAAGACCGGUAUAUCGAAGGUGGUGCAGUUCUCUGUCCAGCAGAUCGUCGACUGCAGCAGACCUUCUGGAAAUUUUGGCUGCCUGGGUGGGCAGUCUCUUUACGCAUAUGACUAUGCGAAAGCUCAAGGUAUGGUCAAAGAAUCGAGCUACCCAUACAAGGCUAAGGAGAGCGCUUGCAAGACAUCGAUUACUUCCAAUCCUGAAAAACAGUGUCUCAAGAAGGGGGACAUCAACCAACUCUUGCCCAUAGACAGGCAUGAUGAGUUGAAAAUGAUGGAAGCUCUCACUACUGGGCCGAUGGCUCAUGUUUUNNNNAUAACGAUUGAACAAAGAAAAUGCGAUAACCGUCUCCUACGCUUGCACGGAUAG